UGGUAGGUCUGCGCUUGCCCACUAUGUUUUGCGUGCCGCGCGCAACGAUACGGAGCUCCUGAGUUUACAGGACAACAGACGGAGGUUCCGUGGUAUCCUCAGUGGGAACGAUGGAUGUCUUUUUAAUGAUUCGUCAUCGCAAGACAACCAUCUUCACAGAUGCAAAGGAAUCGACAACAGUGUACGAACUGAAGAAAAUUGUGGAAGGCAUUCUAAAACGUGCACCUGAGGACCAGAAACUAUACAAGAUGACCACUUUGAGCCAUUGUGUAUUGAUCCGUUCUCCAGCCCACCUGAGCUCCCAGAUGUUAUGAAGCCACAGGACUCGAGCAGCAGUGCCAAUGAGCAAGCAGUGCAGUGAGACCAGCGACUUGUGGAGGAGAUGCAGGGUACGGCUGCUGAUGCCUGCUGCCCUUCUGCAGACACUUCACAUGAUGUACAUAAACAGAAGCAAAGGACUUUUCCACCCCACCCUGCGUUUUUCACAGAUUAUGAACUGCACUGUUGUUCACUCGACAGCAGUGUCCCCCAAUCCCUGUUUCUGUUGGGUACAUAUGGACUUUGUAGCUAAGCUCUCUUUUUCUUGGCACAGCAGGCAUGGAAUGUGUGUAUUUGAGUGCUAACAUUUUCUGUUGCUGGGACUUUACCUGUUUUUAGGUUUUUUUCACUUGUGUUAUGUGGACUUGCUUUUGGUAGCACAACAUUCAAGUAUUUUGUUUUUGUUAAUAAUUAAGCCAUUGAUAAUGGUGCUGAAAACAGAUGUCUUUGUUUUUCUUGAGUGCUGAAGUGAAGCAGGCAGACACUGCAUUUCAGUAGUGUCUGCCAGUUUGAGUUCUGGAUGAUAGCUUUUUUGAAAUGUUGCAUAGUUGUAAGAAUUUUAUUACACCAUCCUCAAAAGUUUAACCAGACUAAAGCAUUCAAAAAAAUUAGUCCCCGUCGUUCAGAAGACAGUCAAGUGAUUCAGAGUGAACGAUUGCUCACAGACUAGUUUUCAUAUUGUUAGGCUGUGCAAAAAAAAAAAAAUAAUGAGACCUUUUCACAUGACCCAUGCAAUUUUUAUUGGAAUAACGUCAUAAAGCCCCACAUUGUUUUUGCAUACCUUGGUGUAGGACAUGGAUGGUCUGGUUGUUUUGGAAGAUGAAGCUUUCAUGAAAUAUCCCCUUGUUUCCUUCAGCUUGGUGUCACUUAUUUAACCGGAGCAAGUUGGUGCAUUCUACAGCCUUGGUUCUGUGACUUACCUUGCCUUUUCCCAGCAAUAGACUAGCCAAGAUCUUGUUUGCAUGGUGAUGCACUGAAACACCAUUUGAGUAAUUGUCCCUGCUACAGCUGUACACCACACUUGUGUCCUGCCAGGUUCAAGUGAAGAAGCUGUAGUCGAUUAUAAGAUUUGCUGCACUAAAGUGCGUCUGAAAUUGAUUAAAUGGAUGUGACCAUUGUAGUGGACAUUCCCUGUAAAGGAAAAGGCCAAUAAUAAAUUCAUAGACUUCAGUUACUUGCA